AUGAAGGGUCUGGAUCUUUCGAUGGUGGGCCGUGAUUGGGUUCAUGUGAUGAACAUGAUCCCUUCUCUAAUCAAGCUCCGGUUGCCGCUCUGCGGCCUUAAUGACAUUCCAACAUCUCUUUCUCACAUCAAUUUCACAUCUCUCCGCGUCUUGGAUCUCCAAAACAACUUCUUCGGAUCGGAAUUCCCGCCGUGGAUUGCUAAUCUUAGUAAUCUUGUAUCUCUGGAACUCAACGGUUGUGAUCUGCACGGUUCCAUUCCGAUGGCGAUCGCCGAGCUUCAUCACUUGCAAGUAAUCAAUCUCGGGACGAAUUACAACCUGACUGCUGAUUUGUCAGUUCUGCUCGAAGGGAGUUGGAUGGCGAUCAAGAUCAUGGAUCUUUCCGAAAACAGAUUCCAUGGAGAAAUCCCCAUUUCCAUUGGCAAUCUUACUUCCCUUGUUGAACUUAAUCUAGGAUACAAUAGCAUCAAAGGCAGAAUCCCAAAAACCAUUGGAAAUCUCUGUGGUUUAAGAAAAUUGAAUUUGUAUGCGAACAUGAUCGAGCAGAUACCUGAUUCGUUAGAAACAGCAGGUUGUAUUUUGCAAACUCCAUUCGCAAACCUUGCUUUCUUGCUUCUCGGUGGGAAUCCGAUCCAUGGCUCGAUGCCUGCUUGGUUCGGUCAGCUCAAAAGGCUCGAAUGGCUCGAUCUUCAGGACUGCUUGAUGACUGGCUCCAUUCUCGAAUCACUUGGAAGAUUGCCAUUCUUGAAUAUGAUCUCUCUCUAUAGAAACAGUUUGAAUGGGACCCUCCCGACGACAUUCGGGCAGCUCUCUAAGUUGAGAUACUUAGACAUUUCAUCGAACACGUUAACCGGCAUUGUAUCAGAAUCCCACUUCGAGAAGCUAUUUGAAUUGAAGACAUUGAUGUUAUCUUCCAAUUCAUUGAUUUUCAAUAUCAGCCCCACCUGGGUUCCUCCUUUUCGACUCGAAUUCAUUGAUUUGGGUUCGUGCCGUUUAGGGCCUCGGUUCCCUUCCUGGCUUUCGAAACAGAACCUGACUCAGCAUCUAGACCUCUCGAACGCGGCUAUCUCAGAUACAAUCCCAAACUGGUUUUGGGACAUUGCUAGCCAUCUCUCACACUUGAAUCUCUCCAACAACUACAUCCAUGGCCAGCUUCCAAGCCAGAUAUCGUUUUCAGGAUGGGCGACGGUCGAUUUAAGCUCGAACAGCAUUCAAGGCCCCUUUCCUCUUCCAAUGAAAGUAUCGCAGCUCAAUCUCUCCAACAACAGCCUCGUCGGGCCGAUCCCUGAGAACAUUAACCACGUAAUGCAGAUCGCUUCUCUGCUCUUGGUUUCAGGUAAUCAGAUAGACGGCACGAUUCCAUCAGCCAUCGGAGAAAUGAUGUAUCUGAGAGUUCUUGAUCUUUCCAGAAACAAUCUACAUGGCAGCAUUCCACCAACCUUGGGCGGUUGCACGCAAAUGGAAGCGCUCGAUCUGAGCGGAAAUCAUCUCUCCGGACCCAUCCCAGAAUCCAUAGGCCUUCUCACCCAUCUCCAAACAGUGCAUCUGAAUUACAAUAAUCUCUCAGAAGAACUCCCUUCAUCGAUGAAGAAUUUGUCCAGAUUAGAAACUCUCGACCUCGGAGAGAACAAAUUCUCAGGUCGCAUCUCUACUUGGAUUGGAGAAAGCUUCUUGUCUCUCCGAAUUCUCCGACUAAGGUCUAAUACAUUCACUGGUGAAAUCCCCUCACAAAUAUCGAACCUAACUUCAUUACAAGUCCUUGAUCUUGCAAACAAUCAUCUCACAGGUCCCAUUCCAUCAAGCCUUGGAAAUCUCACGGCCAUGCGUACCCACCAGAACAGGAACAUCUUACUAGCUUAUGGGAUUUACUACAACGAGAGAAUUUACAUCAUUACAUUCAUCGAGAGAUUGUCUGUGUCGAUGCAAGAUAAGAUGUUCGAGUAUAACAAGACUCUUUCGCUCAUGACAAGCAUGGAUCUUUCGGAGAAAUACCGGAUUCUUUGA